GUACGUGAAGCUAAAAAAAAAAUUGUGGCUGGCUUAUCAGUGAAUGUUAUCGCUCCCUCCAAAUUGCAAUUUGGUUUAUUUAAAUUCGAUCUGCGAUCGAUUAAUUAUUUAUUUAAAUUAAUUUUAUUAUUUCGAUUCGAAAUCAUGAUCUGUAUAAUAACGCUAGUCGUAAUUAUUCAUCAAUUGUUCGUUUGAACAUGUAUCACAAUACCAAACAACUCCAUCUUUCGUGAACCUGAAUACUCGAUUAUUUGCUGAACAAAAAACGAAGAUUCGCUCCAAUUUUUCCGAUAUCAACGUAUAUACGAGAUCCCUCAGAGGAUGUAUUCCAGAAAAGAACAGUACGAGAAAGAUCCAGAAAAAUCGUUCAAUGGAUUUUUGCACGAAAAGAAUUUAGACUUUAUGGCGAUAGAUUUGUUUACUGCAUCUACGUGGAAAUGUAAAGUAUUCUUGCUCUCCCAUCAUCAUACCGAUCAUAUGCAAGGUCUGAGAGAAUUUGUCAGCGAACUUCACCGAUCUACUGAUAAAUUCAUCUACACUUCCUCAUUAACGGCGUCGUAUUUGGAGCAUACAUAUAGCGUUGAUCCAAAGAAAAUAGAAUCGCUGCCUUUUAACAAAUCUUUCGUCGUUUAUACUCUACCUGACGGUAGUGAUGUGACCGUUACGUGUACUCCAGCUGGUCAUUGUCCAGGAUCGGUGAUGUUUGUGAUCGAAUACCAUAAUAAGCGUAUUUUGUAUACCGGUGACUUUCGUAUGAAUUUAAGCGAAUUUAAAGAAAGCCAAAGAUAUUUGAUACAGCCUAAUGGCUCCUGUAAGGAGAUCGAUUCUCUGUACAUUGAUUCGACGUUUGCGCUUCCGAACAAAAUGCCUCACAGAGAUCAGUCUCAAGAUGUGAUAUUGAAAGUGGCCGAAGAAUGGUUGAUCGACGCAACUAGCAAUAGGAAGAUUAUAAUCGAUAUUCAUUCGUGUAUCGGAGGCGAGCAUUUAUUCGUAUCUUUGUCAAAAGCGUUUAAAACCAAAAUAGCUGUUCAUCAAGAUGAAUUCAAUAAGUUUUACGAUAAUAUUACGGAGCUGCGGCCUUAUUUUAAAGUUGUUAAUGACAUAAGUGAUGAGAGUGAUUGGUUAAUACACGCUUGUCGUACUAAUAGAAUGCGGUGUCAGGAUAAAAAAGGUGAUUUUCAGAUUCGAAUGAUUAGACCUUGCGCUUUGGGGUUUUUUCGUAAUUAUUUUAGUAAUAAUGAGAAAAUCAUUAAUGGUGUUCCGUGCGUGGAAUUGAAAGGCGGAAGAGGAAGUUUGAGAUCUUUUUUUAAAAUUUAUUAUUCGCAACAUUCCUCGUUAGAAGAACUUCGUGAUAUCGUUAAAUUUGUAGCUCCGAGUAAUGUCUAUCUUAAUACCGUGUAUCGUGGUCAUGAAGAUACGAUGAAAGCAGCGUUACUCAUUUCAGAAUCAAACUCCAAGUCUAAAAAAUCUUUGGAAAGUGGCGAUGGUGUUAAAAUUGGAGUGCAAAAUGGCUGUAAUUCAUCGAUUGAUGAGUAUUAUAAAAGCAAAAGACGUCGAACAGAUAUACUCAAAACUCUGAACCUACUUGACGAUUGAAUUACGUUAUUUAAAAUUUGCAUUUAUUUAUUAUUAUUAUUAUACGAUCAAAUCGCUUGUUUAGAAUUUCUAUGUGCACUUUAUAUAUUGAUUUUUUUUAAUGCAUUGUAUGUUCAUCUUUUGUGAUUGAUCCUUGAGAAAUUAAUGUCUUAAUACUUGGAUCGUACUGUUGUAAUUUUUAUACCAUUAUUUUUGUCCGGUUCUUGAUUUAUUUUACUAAUAAUUGUUAUUCUAAUGAUUUAUAUUUUCUGCAUGGAGCAGGUUAUUUGUAUUGUGUACCUAGUACUUUUUAUUGAAUUACAUUUUCAGAAUUGAA